AUGACUUAUGAAAAUGAACAGCUACUAAAUCCCGUAGAGAGACUCGACUCUCAACCUGAGAACCCCUUCUCAAACCUCAUCACGGAUCAGUUAUUUAUUUCGAUCCCCUCGUUCACCUUGGAAUCGGGCGUUACGUUGUACAAUGUGCCAGUGGCCUACACUACGCGGGGGCAGCUGUCCGAGACCGGAGACAAUGCCUUGGUGAUCUGUCACGCUCUGAGUGGUAGUGCGGAUGUCGCAGAUUGGUGGGGUCCACUUCUGGGUGGCCCCGGACAAGCCUUUGACACAUCUCGAUUUUUCGUGAUCUGCUUGAAUAGUCUGGGUAGUCCGUACGGAAGCGCCAGUGCCGUGACUUACAAGGAUGGAAACCCAGAAAAGGGACUGUAUGGCCCGGAGUUUCCACUGACUACAGUUCGUGAUGAUGUGAGGAUCCACAAGAUCGUUCUGGAUUAUCUGGGUAUCCGACAGAUUGCUGCAGUUGUGGGCGGCUCCAUGGGCGGUAUGCUCACUCUGGAAUAUGCCUAUUUCGGUAAAGAUUAUGUACGAGCGAUUGUACCGAUUGCCACGUCUCCGCGGCAUUCCGCAUGGUGCAUCAGUUGGGGAGAGGCCCAGCGUCAAAGCAUCUAUAGCGACCCUAAAUACGAGGACGGCUAUUAUUCUUUCGAUGAUCCUCCUGCUACUGGUCUUGGCGCAGCUCGCAUGUCCGCUCUUCUUACCUACCGGAGCCGCAACUCGUUCGAAUCUCGGUUUGGGCGAAAUGUUCCGGACCCUAGCAAGCAACAAAACAUCAAGGGUACUGAAAAGCUGCCUACACCCCCGAAUGAACACUGGGCUAUCCAUAAUGAUGGGCACAAAGGCGGUCGUUCGACGCCUAGUGGGCGCAACUCUCCCACCGCUCCCACCGCUCCCACAGCACAACAGACUGAGGUUCAGUACAUGGACCCCCAGUUCUCCGGGACCAAAACCUUCAGUAAAACCAUCGAUACCGCACUGAAGAGCGGUCAGAAACGUCCGCCAACCUAUUUCUCCGCCCAGUCGUAUCUUCGUUACCAGGGCGAGAAGUUUGUGAAACGGUUCGAUGCUAACUGUUACAUUGCUAUCACACGCAAACUGGACACCCAUGACGUGUCAAGGCAACGGGCGAGCCCCACGUCGAGCGAUCCAGUCCGCGAGGCUCUCGCGCAAAUUCAACAACCAGCCUUGGUUUUGGGAAUUGAGAGUGACGGCCUGUUCACUUUUGAGGAGCAGAAAGAGAUUGCAGCUGGCAUUCCGGACUCCCGCCUCAAACGUAUCGAAAGCCCCGAAGGCCAUGAUGCUUUCCUUCUCCAGUUUGAGCAAGUCAACCGCUACAUUCUGGAGUUCUUCCGCGAAGUCUUGCCGGACAUCAUGUCCAAAGCUCCAGCGGAUGGGGCUGUGGAAGUGGACGGUGUGAAUAAGCUAACCAAGAGCAGCACAUUCGGAGAGGCGGAGGUGGAAGAUAUCACCGCCUGGUAA